AGGGAAGUGCUAGGUGAACUUUAGGGCGGAAGUCUGACCCAUAUCAUAGCACUAAAACCAGUUUUCCCUAAGACAUUUGCCAAAACACAAGUGGGUUUUGGUUCAUCAGCUCAAAGAGUAGAGGAAACAGAGGUCAACCAGAGCAUGUGAAAGCUGUGAAGUCUUAGAGAUGUUGCUCCACGCAUUUUAGCAGGGACCCAGAGUUCGCUGUACCACUAGAACUAAACCUGCUCCCUUCCUCCCGACACCAGAGGGCGGUAGAGACAGUUGCCUUGGCAGUUGGCUGACUAGAACGGGAAAAGGGGAAAAACAUAUCCAUGAGAAGUUGUGGCCACAGACCAGCAUCUUACAGACUUACAUCCUGGUUAUUCCUUGUGUGGGUAGGCCAAGGAAUGUCAAACAGUGAACUUGGUUUAGAUGGUACCGUCCAGGAGCCUGGCAGAGACAAACAUAAAGUUUCUCUGGAAGAGGGCAUAUCCGUCCUACCCUCAGGAAAUCAGUCCCCUGCAAGUCAUUUUCAAGGGCAGUAACCUGUCAAAAACAACCAGGGCACACAAGGAAACAUAAGUAGCCAAAAUAAGGAACUCCGUUAACAUAUUGGCAGCAGACUGGAUUUAGCAGAAGAGAGAAUUGGUGAGUCAGAAGAUAAUUUAGAAGAAAUUUCCUGAAUACUGCACAGAGAGACUGUUACUAGUCAGGGUUCUCCAGAGAAGCAGAGCCAGUAGCAAGCACAUACAUAUAGCUGUAUAGGAAGGGGUUUACAAGGAGGGAUUCACUCACCUGCCUGUGGAGCCUCAGAAGCCCCACAGUCUGCCAUCUGCAGGUGGCAGCCCAGGAAAGCUGGUGGUUUAGUCCCAGUCCAAAUCCAAGGGCCUGGGAACUGGAGGUCUGAGAGUGUAAGUCUCAGUCCAAGUCCAAAGGCCCGAGAACCAGAAGUGCCGAUGUUGAAGAGCAGAAGAGAAUGGGUGUCCCAACUCAAGCAGAGAGCGUAUUUGCCCUCCGUCCGUGUUUUUGUUUAGCUCAGACCGUCAACAGAAACCCACCUGCAUUGGUGAAGAUGAUCUUCCUUAUUCAGUCUACCAUUUUAAAUGCUCAUCUCUCUGGAAACACCCUCACAGAUACACCCAGAAACAAUAUUUUACCAGCUAUCUGGGCACCCUUUAGCCCAGGAAGUUGACACAUCAAAUUAAUCAUCACAGAGACAAUGGUAGAGACUACAGGUUUAGAAGAGAGUAAGGGUUAUGGCCGAUACAACAGAUCUGAUAGGAGUCCUUAAAGAGGAGAGAACGGCUGAAACUUUUCCAGAAUUGACGAAAGACACCUAUCCAUAGAUUAGAGGGCAGCAAAUCCCAAAUUGGAAUAACGAAAAGAAACACAAACCUAGACACAUAGAGAAAAUUCCGAAAAGAAAUUUAACAACAGAUUAUCUUCAGAAGAGUAUCUGGCUUUUUAAUAACAUUAGAAACUAGUGGAACGAUGUACCCAAUGUGCUAAAGAACAUAACUGCCGAUCUAGACGUCCACACACACUGAAAAUGGUUUUCAAGGAUGAAGGAGUUGAAAUAAAGACACUUAAAAAAAAGCAAAAUUCAGCAAAUCAUCACUAAAGAAAUGCGUCAGGUAGACAUAAAGUGGGCGCAGAUGGCAGGUCUAAUAUACACAGAAGAAUGAGGAGCAAAGGUAAACAUGAACAAAUGUGGACAAACAUUGCUUGUAUGAAAGAGUAGGAGCUUAUUAAAACAAAGAAGUAAAACAUCAGACAGUAUUUGUAAAUUACAGAAUGGAAAAUGAAGUUAAAGUGUUCUAAGAUCCUUCUCUUGUCCGGGAGGAAGUCAAGGUUUUGUUUAGACUUUGGCUCAGUAGAUGAAGGCGUUACUGAAGGCUUACCUACACUUCAGAGCACUUCCAGCACUAAUGCUCACACAGAGGAUGAUGACCGAUUGGAAAAUGCUCAGUAUCCCUACCAACUCUACAUUGCUCCUCCCACCAGCAGCACAGAACGACCAGGUCCAAAUGGUCCAGACAGACCUUUUCAGUGUCCCACCUGUGGGGUGCGAUUCACCCGUAUUCAGAACCUGAAACAGCACAUGCUCAUCCACUCAGGAAUUAAACCAUUUCAGUGUGACCGCUGUGGGAAAAAGUUCACCAGGGCUUACUCGCUAAAGAUGCAUCGCCUAAAGCAUGAAGGUAAACGCUGUUUCCGGUGCCAGAUAUGUAGUGCCACUUUCACUUCCUUCGGGGAAUAUAAACACCACAUGAGGGUUUCCCGGCACAUUAUCCGCAAGCCUCGGAUUUACGAGUGCAAAACAUGUGGCGCCAUGUUCACCAACUCUGGGAAUUUAAUCGUGCACCUGAGGAGUCUGAACCAUGAAGCGUCAGAGCUAGCAAACUACUUCCAGAGCAGUGAUUUCCUAGUACCGGACUACUUAAACCAGGAGCCGGAAGAUACCCUUGUUCAAUAUGACCUUGGAGAACACAGUUUUGAAAGCAGCUCCUCUGUUCAGAUGCCUGUGAUUUCACAGGUCUCCUCGACCCAGAAUUGUGAAAGCAGUUUUCCUUUGGGGUCUCUUGGUGAGCUGGCAGAAAAAGAGGAAGAAAUGCCAGACCAGCCAAAGACCAGUGUUUGUGCCGAGGCAACCAGAGAUGACCCCCCAAAAUCAGAGCUGUCUUCUAUAACUAUUGAGUAAUUUCUUGUUCGGGCUUCAUUUUUGAUUUUUGGAAAGUGCCUGUGCUUGGUCUUGUACAUUUAAAUUUAAUUUAAUUUUUUAAAUGAAAAAAGGGUUUGCGGAAGAAUUUCCCUUUUUAUUUUGUAAGCCCUGCAAGUGGUGUUUUAUUUUUCAUGAUAGAGAGAUUGCUUCUGUAAGUGCACAAUGAUGUGAUGUUGAAACAUAAUAGAAACCUUGAUACUUAAGGAGAACCAGUUGACUUAAAAAAACUUGUAUCAGUUUCCUCUUCUGUUGUUAAGAGUAGGCUAACAACAGAUCAUUAGGUGAAAAAGAAAUCAGAUGAUUAUUAACCUUCCUGAGAUGAAAGGAUACAACAGAAACAAAUGACUAAAUGAAUUUGGCAAAUGACUUGAGUAGAUGUUUACUCCUGUUCACAGGAUAUUUUACAGUCUUUUGUAAAGCCUGUUGUUUUGGAAGUAUUUAUGGUAAGCUUUCUUAAAAAUUAUUAGGGUAUAUACUUGUGAAAUCCAAAGUAUUCUUUUUUUUUUUAAAGCUUUGUCAUUACGAUUUUUCAUGGUGAAAAUCUGGUAUUGGGAUAGGUACUCCCUGUACCUCUGUGUAGUACCACUGCUCGACGUGAUCUUUCUUCUAUGAAAGAAGGCAAAGAACCACGGUCGAGAAUAGUCAAGCGUGCGUAACAGGAAAGGAGAGCACAGUAUGUGAACCUCAGCUUCUUAGGGACUCUUACAUACUGCUUUUCUGGCUGAAAUUGUUGUUUGCCUGGUCUUUGAAUGUUAACGCCCGGCUAAGUAAGUCAUUGCCUGAAUCCGUUUCGUCUUACCCCAUCAGCAGCACUUUCUCUUGCCUAUACUUGGCCUGAUCCCAUAAAAAGGAAAAAAUACUGGAGAUGUUCUAUAUUUUAUAUAUAGGUUGUUGUAUUGUUUGGGGAUGUUUUGGACAAAAUAAAGACUUCUCUGUUAAGGCUACAUUCUUAACCCAACUGAGAUUGUUUACAAAAAAACCCACAUGACAGCGAUACAUUGUCCUUGUUCCAAAAUAUUUUUGGACGUUGCCAAAUAUCUUAUUAAAAGCAGUUACUAUAGUUUUUACACACUGUAAGCAAUAAAGUAGAAGAUAAAAAGAGGCUAUAAAAUGAUGAUCUAUAACUCAAAUCUGAGGGGAGAAAAAGAAUUAAGGCUAGAGAAAAACUAAAAAUUUUAAAUUAAUGAAUAUUACCUCUUUUGCUGCUGAGAAAAAAAAAAAAACUUCCUGGGUUACAGUUGAAAUAUACAAGAUACUCUGGACUGGAGUGUACGUUUUCUCUGGUGCCGUUAAAGCAUCUCUGACCUUGAUCCUAAAUAUUCAUGAGUCCACGAACAGUGAACUUUGGAGUAACUUUUUUUCUGCGUAUAUACCCAAAGUUUAAUAAUUAUGAAAGCACCUGAUUAUAGAUGAGAAAAAGAAAGAAAAUACAGUUUCUUACUCAAAACACAAGAUCUCAAUUUUGGGUGCUAGACCUUAAUAAUAAAAUAUAUUUUUAAGUUACAGUUAUUUAAUUGUUUCAUUUUUUAAUUGGCUAAUUCUGUAAUUUAUUUUAUCCCCUACAAAUGUAAAGGAAGGGAUGUGAACUCAUUGAAGACCUUUAGAUUGAUGUUCUUUCCAUAUUCUGCUGUUUUUAACUUGCUUCUGAGUCCGUUUCUCACUCAUGACCUGUUUUUCCCUCUUUGCUCCCAGACUUAGGUGUAGUGCUUUCGGGAGAACUAACACAUGCAGGUCGUGACGGCCUUCCACCAUUUACACUUCUUCACUCUAAGAGGUGGAAUUACCGCAACUGUGAGACUUGUUAGUAGCGGUGCUGCUGUGUCUCAGCUGGAAAUGUCGGAAAUUUUUAAUUCUGAUGUCAUAUAGAUUCUUUGAAAACUAUUAUGCCUACCAGUAGUUAAAUCUCAAAGUUAAUUUUAAAAUCUUAGAUGGACAAGACAAAGAGUAGGUAAAAUUAUGAUCAGGAGUCAUUGUUGCCCUCAGUUCUAAGAGUUAUUUUUUAAAAAGAAGGAAGGAAGGAAGAAAAGAAGGAAAGAAAUUGGGUUAAUGAGAAGAACUACAUCAGAACUAUUUGGGGAUUUGCUGGUUAAAAGUGUUUUUAGCACACCCCCGUCCUGAGAAUUUUGCAUUAAUAGGGUCCUCCACAAUUUUGGCAGCUCUGAGGUGUUCUCUGUUCUCAGAAUACCAUCAAUGGCUAUUUUUUUCCGAAUGGAAACUUAAGAUUUUCAUUGGUCAUUACAAAUUACACAGAUUCCGAGUUUUAUGAAACAUUUGAAUAUACCGUGAAAAUGCCUGUUGGUUGGCUGUCUGCUCCCCAAAUCUUAUCAGUACAGUACUUAACAUAUGAUAUUUCAGUGAGACUCUACAAUUUCCUUGAUACACAGUUUAAGGAUAUUUAGCUUAUGGAUCUGUCUUAGGAAACUAAGCUACAAGGGAUAAUUGUAUAUAUAGUUAUUUAGAUUUAUUUAAAAUUCGUCUAAGAGAAGGAUGCUUGGCUGUAUAGUUUUUACCAGAAUAUGGGAAAACAUUGCAAAGAGAUGAAAACCAGUUACAUUAUCCCACCCACUAGAAAUUGCCAGUGUAACUAAACAAAAAAUUCCAGUUUAGAACACUUUAGCAUAGCUGUCUUUCUUAAAGGCCCAAGGGGGUAACUUUGUGAUAUUUAAAGGGCUUAAAUUUUAGGAUGCAGGAUAAAUUGCCUUUUUAAACCAAGUAUUUUAUAUAAGAAAAGCACUUAUUUUUCAUUAUAAAACUACCGAGUAGGUGUGAUAGACAUACGUUAGACGUGAGCAGAGACGUUUGCUGUGUUACAGCUCCUGUGGUCAUUCUUUGCUUCAUUAAGGGUGUCUUCUAACAGUGGGAGCAUCCAGCAUGUCAGUGAUCGUAGUCGCUCAGAAACAAAAUCGUUAAUAUUGGGGUUUUUUGAAUUUUAAGUUUUCGAGAUAGGGAUGCAGAUGGUGGUCAUCACCCACAGAUGUAUUUAAAUGGGUAUUUCCUACUUUGAACUUAAAAUAACCUUAAUUCUUAUUUUAAAUAAUUAGUUAUAUAUUUAGUUACAUUGCCAGUUUUUAAAGUUCUCAAUUUCAGUGAGACAAAGUAUACUAAAAUGUUUAAAUAGCCUCAUUCAAUCCUACAUUUUAACAUUUCAGCAACCGUUCUGACUUGCAGUAAUUUGGUUCCAUGUUAUAACACAUGCCCUUUGGUUUUAAAAACUUAACAUUUUGUUAAAAUAUUUUACCAAGAGGAAUGAACUAGUCAGCACAUCUAAUACGCACUCAUCGUUGGUAACUCUGUUACCUUCUAACCACUGAGCCAGUCUCUCCCGAUGUAGAAGUGGUUCCCCGGGAGCCUUUAGAAGCUGUAUGAACUCUUUAAGUCUUUUAUCUCUUACUAUUUUUUAUUCUCAUACUUAAUCUAAAUAGAGGCCAGUUGUCUAGUUUAGUGGCUUCUAUUUUGAAGAUUCUCAGAUCAUGUUUUAGUUUCUUUUAGCUUUGUAGCCCCUGAAAAUUGCAUUGCUGUAUAAUAUAAUGGCAGUUUGUACUAGUGUACCACAUGGAGAGAAUUACUCUUAUUACGUGAUGAAUGAUGAUAUUGUAACUGAAAGGAGAUUUGAGGAAUUGAGAAGAAUUAGAAACUUUCAUGUGGCACUCUUAUUUUGACUCAUCUGCAAACUGUGAAGUUACAGCUCUGGACUAUGCAUGCAAAUGAGGGAAAAUCAUUUUCUAAAUAUUAUAUUAAUCGAGAGGGAAAAAAACUAGUAAAGUUCACUUUUGGAAGUGACCCAAAGUUGCUAAAAGGUAGUAAAUGUGGUUUUCACUAUUAAGUUAUUGGCUUAAGAUGAUUUGUUUAUAAUAUAUUUAGAUUUUGAAAGUUCCUGAGAAAGAAUGUGUACAAACUAGAUUUCCUCUUCUGAAUCAGUGGAGCAGAACUGAGGGGUUCUCUAUUACAGUAAACAUGUCUAUGAGGAACGCUUAUAGCUAAGCAUACUCCGACAGGCUUUAAGCCCAGUUCGUGAAAAUUUAAAUUAUUACUUAUUUUGCCUAUACUCAUUUUUAUCUUGCAGUGUCAUUUUUGCUUGACAGAAUGUUGGUUACUUAGGAUACUUUUAUGUGGAGGUUCCUCAGCAAGACAGAUUUGCCAAAAGCAAUAAUGGUUCAGGUGAAACAGUGAAGUGGAAUUGAACCAAUCUGUAGGUCCAGCUAAGGUGAGCAGGCGUUCUGUGGGUAUUUCAUGUUUAGAUGAUAAAUACGUAGAGAUUUAUGAUGGGGAGUUAAGCCUGUGUCAGACUGUGGGAUGAAGACUCUUAGUGGCAUGAUAGUUGUACUUUUUUUUUUAACUUCAUACUCAACUACUACAGUUAGAUAUUUCUACUAUGUCAUGGUGAUUAUAUUUUUAUGAUAGAAAAAAAUGGCUAGUUCUUUGUCUUUACAAAUAGUCUCUGCAGAGAUGUUAGGAGACAACGUUAUUGGCAUCUCAACUUGGCAGUAUCCGAAAACUAGACUGCAUUAAAGUGCUUACGCUGCUUCACUCACGUAGCUCCCUUGCACAGCGGCCAGGCCAGUUCCAGUUCAUGCCAAGGUUUCUAUGUACGUAAUAGUUUACAAAGAAUUUAAGAGUUCAGACCAAGACCACUGGUUCAAAACAACUGUUUUUUAAUUUUUUUAAACUUAAAAUUUUUAAAUUUCAGUUUGAAGUGCCUGGUUUAUAAAAUCAAAUUCUUUGAUUAUUGCCUUUCUCUUUUAAAUGUCUAAUUUUGCUGAUUAAGCUUAAAGCCCUGGGCUCAAUGUAAUGAUUUAUUGAUAAAAUUGCUGCUUGAUGGUUUGAGGGCCUACAGUGUCAUGACUUUUAUUAAAUUGUCCUUGUUUUCCCAAACACCAGUCUAAUCAUAUCCAGAUUUCAUUAUUCAAUUAAAUAAGUUUAAAACUCAUCCUGUAAAUGAAUGUCGAGGUUACCAAAGUGUAUCACCUGGUGAGGAAGGAUAAAUCUUCCCUUCGUUAAGAGGAGCCAUCAUCUCCUCUAAACACACGCUGUUUCCUUGGUACUAGUGGGAGCUGUGUUCACUUAAAGAUGGGAAGCCUUUUGUGCAGUUCCCAGAAAGACCUGCUUUUUCUAGAAAGAACCUUUUCUAUGACUAGGUUAGAAGUGUGUUUUCUUAAAGAGCUUUCUUUUAUUUCAGUUACCAGUUUAGUUUUCAAGCUGACACAUGCUGUGUAAAGUCUCUCAUACUGAGAGUAAGUAGUCCACUAAACUAUUGCAAGUUGCACUGCUGUUCAUCUUUUCAGGUGCCUGAAGUGAAUGCCAUCAGGUAUUUGGAAGGAGCAAGAUCGUAAGCUGUGUUCAUUUUCUUCCUUACACAAAAUGAUGGCUUCUAAUGCUUUUAUUAUCGAGCUGUUUUUAAAGAAGAAGUCUCUAAUAGAGCGGAGUCUGGUUUUGAUGCAGGUCCCAGUAACAUAGCUGGCCUUGCAGUUGUUGUUGGUGCCUCCCUCGCAUCAGGUAGAGGUUGCCUGCCUCUCUGUAAGGCGCCCUUGUGGCACCUUACGUCCAGUGGGAAGAUGGUAUGUGGCUUCCUUUUGCCUCUGCUAUCUUCUCAAAAGCCAUUUUAUAAAAAUCCUAGGUAGCCUAUUUUAAUAUUUAAAUAUAUAUAUUUGUGAGAGGUAAUUCUAGAACAGACUUUUUUUUAACUUUAAAAUUCCUGUAUUCCCAUUUUUAAGAGUAAAUUUAAACUUUCCAGGAUCAGAACUUUUUUUUUUCCACAGCAACAUAAUGAAAAAGUCAAAUUGAGUUAAUGGACCAUAAUUCAGUGAGAGAAGAAAUUGAUGUCUGGUUAAAGGAAACAGAUGUGAAGGGGAAAAAAUUGUUUUGAUGUAACAGAAAUGAAUUUUUAAAUAAAAUUGUUUUUGUUCCUGAAAUUUCA